CCAGGCCACGCGUUCCCCUGCUAAGCGGCCCCAUACUCCGCGUGCCAAGACAGUUCGUCAGCGAGGAGAUCAACCAGUUUCCACUGUUUCGCAGCAAACGGCCAGCAUGGAAUCCUGGUGCAACUCUCCAGUGCAUCUGAUCAUCUCGAAUAAAGAUCUGGCAAAGCAGUCAUAGCUGACCACCGAGUCACCUCUCUCGAAGGCCUCUCUUUAUGAAAACCAUGUUGGGACUCCUCCGCCCGAAUAGUACCCGCUCCCCGAUGUCCUCGGUUCCGAACAUCUACAAACACCCAAGCGACUAACGGCAGACCUGGCACUGGCCUUUUUACCAUAAAUUGGCCCUGCCAUCCCCAAGCAAUCAAACCUGCAGUAUAUAUUGCUCUUGCGGUUGGGACACCGGGCGCCGCAUUCACACCCAAAUGGAUUCCUCUGACGAUUGGGAUGGUUUUGGCAUCAAAGCCAUACCGCGAUUUUACUAACUCGGGACUCGAAUCAUUAUCUGGAACCGCUAUGGGACUUGAAAUUGUUUCGUGGAGUUGGCACUCAUCAGUGUUUAAAAGACAAGUACCUCGACACGCACCCUAGCUUUACAUCACACUCAGGCGGCUCUUUUGAAUAGAGUAACAUCAUGAUAAGCUUAUGAUGCCAAUGUUGGGGAACUCCGACAGGCCCACUAGGCAAUAUAUUUCAAAGUCUUGUCCUGACCGUUGCCCAGAUCUCAAAAGAAAGAAAACAAGAGUUUCUCAGCAGAUCACAGUGCCGUGGUGAGCCAACCAACACCAAUCCUUGUCAAUCGCCAUUCAACAUCCACUCAAGGAGAACACAAUGGUGGGUAGGCAAUAUUCUCGGUCUUGUCUGUCUUAAUACCCAUCGCUACUCAACCGGGCAAGCCGAUCCCAGUCGCCUUGCAGAUGGUCGAGCGGCCCGUAAGCUCUAUACCAUGCCCGGGAGCCGGAACGGAAGCUACAAAAGUACAAGCCAUGAAUAUAAGCCGCUAUAGCAUCACAUCCCUUGACCACGAGUGGCAGAAAGCAGAAUCGGACCCGAGUAUGUGCGCACAGAUGCCGGAUGGUUUCAUUCAUGCUGACUGUGAUUGCAGAAAAGCCAUGUCUUCUCCUCAAUCCCAUAUUGUCUUGCUCUCAACCAUAAUACUCAUCGGCCCUUACGGAGCUACGGAAUGCUUCAUAAGAGUCUUUCUCUUCAGGAGAUAAGGCUGCCCAGCAAAUGCUAUUCGGAGCUCCGGGCCUCGGCGGGUGCUGGGUCUGUUGUUCUGGCGGUUGGAACAUAAAAACACAGACCGGGAGUGUCAGCCAAGGUGUAAUGGAGCAUGUAGUGCAACCGAUGGCACAAGGUACAGUACCAUGAACCCCAACACCGGCAACGGUGUGCUAGGUUGGUAAAGCGCUGCGAUAAGUGUCAGUAGACCACCACCCCUGUGCCAAGGAAUGAGCCAAGCCAUAAACAAGAUGCAGGGAUUGCAACUGUCCUUUUGUAUAUUACAACACACUCUCAUUGUAUCGGUCUUGUGUAUGUAGCAGUCGCCCAAGAGCCCGCGAGGUAGAGCCGUCUCGCCCUUUUUUUCCGCGCGGAUGGCAAAGAGUAUAUGACAUCAAGGACCUCGCAGAACUAGCUGCUCCUGACCGCGUCGACUCUUAGGUUGGUGUGUCAGGCCCUCUCCCUUUCAACACCACUUUGCCGAAGGAUCCAGACUAGAGUGAGGCUUGAUCCUACUGGGGAACACAAACAUACUUGUACAGGACGCCACAACAACCCCUUUUCCAGGCCGGUUACUAGGUCUGACCCUUGGAAACCGUAUGUAUAUCUACACCAGCCUUCCCAUAACAUCAUGUCUACACGUUUACUAACCUUCAUCAAGAAAACAUUAUGGCUGGAGAUCGUAUCGCUGCCUCUUUGGCGGCCAACCCCCAUAGUGAUCGUGGUGACAAGAAGAGAGUUGUCACCCUCGGCAACGUUCGUCUUCGUGAUCAGGACACGAACGAGAUCAUCCUGAUCCCGACACCUUCUUCUGACCCCAAUGAUCCCCUCAACUGGCCACAAUGGUACAAGUACUAUAUGGCGACCGUCAUCUGCUUGGCCAUGAUGAUUUGCAACUUUCUGGCGGCAGGGCCCUCGAUUGCCAUGGUCAACAUCACCAUGGAGUUCUUCGUUGGUGCCCAUCCAGGAAGAAACCCCAAGCUCUUCCACGAAGCUGUAGCCAAGGUUGCGUACUUUUUCACCACCUGUGCUCUCAUGCAGGGUAUUGGAAACUUUUUCUGGGUCCCUGUUGCCAAUAAAUGGGGACGCCGGCCGACUUAUGUCUUUAGCUAUUUGAUCUACUUUGCCUCUGCUGUCUGGCUUUGCUUCGAGCGCUCCUACGGCGGGUUUCUUGCCGGCCGUGUCAUCAUGGGCUUUGGUGCCGGUGCUGCCGAGACAAUCGCCCCCAUCACCAUCGCCGACAUCUUCUUCCUCCACGAGCGAGGUACAGUCAUGGCUUUAUACAGCUCCUUUCUCGCUGUCGGUGUAGCCAUCGGUCUCAUCAUCUCAGGCGUCAUCACAAUCGACCACCACUGGCGUGUAAUCUUCCAAGUCGCCUCCGCCCUCGUCGGCCUCGUCCUCCUCAUCGCAUUCUUUGCCUUUCCCGAAACAGCCUACAUCCGUGAGACCCCUCCCAACAGCGACGACUCCUCCUCCACCGGCACCCCCAACCAACGCUCCUCCACAGAAAAGAACCCAACUGCCACCAUCUCCGACCCUGAGUCCCGCCGUGUUGGCAGUUCCCCCCUCCCAAAGAAAGCCUCCUACCUCUCCACUCUCAAAAUCUUCCACGGGACUAUCACCCACGAGUCAUUCUUCAAACUGACCGUUCGUCCCCUCGGUCUGAUUUGCCUCCCCCCUGUCCUCUGGGCUGCCCUUGUUGAAGCCGCCACCAUUGGGUUUCUGGUUGCUAUGACAUCCAAUGUUGAGAUCGCCUACGAAGCAACCUACAGAUUCAAGUCAUGGCAGGUAGGCGUCUGCUUUGUCUCUGCUUUGGUCGGUUCGCUGGCAGGUAUACCGCUUGGUGGAUGGUGGGGAGACAAAGUAGCGGAUUACUUCACCAAGAGAAACAACGGGAUUAGAGAUCCGGAAAUGAGACUGCCGGCGAUGAUACCUGCCAUGAUCACCGCGCCGUUGGGGCUGGUGAUUUUUGGGGUGGGGAUUGAGAAGGGCUUGCAUUGGAUGGUGCCGAAUUUUGGGAUUGCGUUGUUGAAUUUUGCUAUUGUUCAGGGAACGAAUGUGGCGCUGGUGUAUGUCAUUGAUGCUUACCGGCCUGUGGCAGGGGAGAUCACACUUGCGGUCAUGGGAUUCAAGAGUUUGUUUGGGUUUUUGCUGUCGUUUUAUACGAAUACUUGGGUGCAGCAGGCGGGCUAUUUGAAUGCGUAUGGGACGAUGGCGGCGAUCUCGGCGGCGGUGUUGGUUUGCUGGGUGCCGUUGUAUUUCUGGGGGAAGACGAUUAGGCAUGUUACUUGGGGCUGGCCGGUGAUUGGGUAUAUUCAUUGGAGUGAGGAUCGGGAGGUUGGUGAGUGAGUGCUUUCCAGACAGCAGAUCAGGUACCUGCGUACAAAGGGGCCGGGAGCAAUGUCGUUUCUAAAAUAUGUGGUUUGGAUUCAGUAGCUUCGAGCUUAAGUAGGUAAACAAGGUUGACUGAGUAUGGCCGAUGAAGUUAUUCUCUCAUUCAACUCGACAAGUUGGUGGUGAAGUUGAAGCUUGCUUAAGGUAGUGAACUCAUGCCUUUCCG